AGAUGGUGCUGGAGUCACUUGUCAAAGGCAGAGCAACUGGAGGAACUACUCUCGGCGGUCGGUCGGCUUUCCGACAUUUGUAUUCACUGCUGGUGCCUCUGGUUGCGCUGAAAUGGACCUGCUUUUUGUAUUAAACCGGGCGUAAUUAGUGCGAGGAAGGGUUAGUGGCCGAGAAGUAGUGGUUGAGCAGCCUUUGGGGGCUCCGACGAGUGCAGUUCGACUGGCAGGGUGUGUGCCUUCGGCCCCGAUCGACCGUCGACCCACUGAAGCGCCGAGGGAUGAAAAAUCGGCGAUAGCGCCGAACCAGGGACCUGUGCCGACGAUUUAUUUGUGACCUGUGGUGAACUGUACAGCAGCAAACAUUAACACGAUCAGAAAAAUGGGGUGUGCUUUGAGUGCGGAGGAGAGGGCGGCCCUUGCCCGCAGCAAACAGAUCGAGAAAAACCUCAAAGAGGACGGCAUUCAGGCAGCCAAAGACAUUAAAUUGCUCUUGCUUGGAGCUGGAGAGUCUGGCAAGAGCACAAUAGUCAAACAAAUGAAGAUCAUUCACGAGAGUGGCUUCACCUCGGAAGACUUCAAACAAUACAGACCGGUGGUUUACUCCAACACCAUCCAGUCUCUGGUGGCUAUUCUGCGUGCCAUGCCAAACCCAAACCUUGCUAUACCGUUUGCUAAUCAUGAGAGAGAGAGUGACGCGAAGAUGGUGUUUGAUGUUAUUCAGCGCAUGGAGGACACAGAACCUUUCUCGGAAGAGCUACUGGCAGCAAUGAAGAGGCUGUGGGCUGACGCGGGAGUGCAGGAAUGCUUCGGCCGCUCGAACGAAUACCAACUCAACGACUCAGCCAAAUAUUUCCUGGAUGACUUGGACAGGCUUGGCGCCAAAGACUAUCAACCCACCGAGCAGGACAUUUUAAGAACUCGAGUCAAGACCACGGGUAUCGUCGAAGUCCAUUUCUCCUUCAAAAAUCUUAACUUCAAGUUGUUCGACGUGGGAGGCCAGAGGUCAGAGCGCAAAAAGUGGAUUCACUGUUUCGAAGAUGUCACAGCCAUCAUUUUCUGCGUAGCCAUGUCUGAAUACGACCAAGUUCUCCACGAGGACGAAACUACGAACCGUAUGCAAGAGAGUUUAAAGCUGUUUGACUCAAUCUGCAAUAAUAAGUGGUUCACUGAUACUUCGAUCAUCCUGUUCCUGAACAAGAAGGACUUGUUUGAAGAGAAAAUCCGCAAAUCUCCUCUCACCAUUUGCUUCCCUGAGUACACAGGGGCCCAGGAAUACGGGGAAGCUGCUGCCUACAUUCAGGCGCAAUUUGAAGCCAAGAACAAGUCAACCACGAAGGAGAUCUACUGCCAUAUGACGUGUGCUACCGAUACCAACAACAUUCAGUUUGUGUUUGAUGCUGUCACUGAUGUCAUCAUAGCCAAUAAUCUACGUGGCUGUGGUCUUUACUAAAGGCCGCCAUUUUUAAGGGAAGCUGAAUGUACACACAUCAACCAAUUUAUAACUCGUCGAAGCCUCAAAAUAUCAGGAAGAUUGCGUCAACAUAAAAGUUUGCUUGCCUUGUUCCACGGCCCAAAUUCAUCGUAUUCACUCACUGGCUUUAAAAUCUUGGAUUUGGCGCUCACAAAUCGUGCCAAAAUUUUAGGCUAUAUUAGAACAAUAAUUAAAAUUAUGUAUGACAAGUUUGUGAGUCGAAAUCAGUGAGUCGCUGACAGCAGCAGCAGCAGAAGUGGGCGCCGGACUGGGAAAAUUGGUCUCUGGCGCCUCCCGUAGCAUUUUGCAAGCAACUUUUCAUCUUUUUGUUGUUUUAAAACGGAACAAAAACUUUCAUUAGCCAGUAGCAGGCCUUUGGAUUGGAAAAUUUUCAGAAUCUCGUGAAAAAACAGGCACCACACCAAUUCAUGACAUGAGAAAAAUUCACUUCUGACAUUUUUGCUUGGAAUCACGCUGUUUCUCAGAUUAAAUCAUCUUCCUUCUUGAGUACAAAAUUGCUAUUCAAAAGAGUCUCUCGUGCUUUGUUGAUUUUUCUCUUGCAACUCUCUAAGUCUUAUUGGGCACAAUUAUUUAUAUAAAUAAUGAUCUUCACCGACCGCCGAGCCGAGAACCUUGUCGCACAAUUUUACGCUCUUGACCUCCGACAAUGUUGUUGUGGUUUGCACAAGGCUGUUGCACAAAAACAAACAAGCACAAAAAAGAUCUCGGCGGCCGGCGCUUUUUUUCUGACUUUUUAUGUUCCAAAGCGUGUUGUUGGUUUAAGUCAAUGACAAUUGUUAUCUAAUUAUAAAAGUGGAAAGUACCAAUGAAUGAGCCAUGAAUCUGAUUAUCAUGAGAUCUAGUCAGUCACGCAUGAUUUCUGAUGUAACGCAACAUUUUUAACAAAAUUUCUAUUCUGUAACAAAAUCGAUAGACACAAACGUUUGUAAACUGUAUAUUACUCAUCUAGAACACACACAAAACACAAACAUGCAUUUCACAAACAGACAAACACACAGCUAAGCAAAAAAAGUUUGAAUCCCAAGCAAGAAAAGAACAUUGUUCCAAACUGAUGGAAGUAACCAAAAAUUAAGUGUGUUGUGGCUUUUUUCUCCUGAUGGAAUUGUUGAAAAAAAAUAUUUAUUGAAUAUUUGGACGAGGUGUGCAGCAAGAAGUUUCGAGGUGUUUUUGUGGUGCAAGACGAAGAAGAAGAAAGGAAGAACAGAACAGUGCUUGACGCGCUCGUGGUGAUAAACACAGAGAUUUUAAUAGGGUUUACUUAUGCCAUUUGUAAUGCAUGCUUCACGUAGGCUACAAAACAAAAAUGCGGCAUGAUGCUAGAGGAAUUGAAAUUGCCACUCAUAUCUUCGCAAAAUCUAUCUACCUGAGUAUGAGCAGAAGAAGAAACACACACCCCCAUUUCACAGAAAGAUGUUGAUUUCGUUUUCUCGGAAGCAUGUAUAAAAUGUAUUUUCUUGUAAUCUGUGUCUUGGGACCUUUAAUUUAGCCAUCGGUCACGCAAAACGAUUCUCUUAACCCCACCCCACACACGCAAAAAUCUGGACCAGUGUUUUCAGCAUCAUUUCGUCACACAUGUACAGAACCCGGUAGGAGAUAAUAUAUGGAAUCUUUCGAAAUUAUAAAUACGAAGAUGAGUGUGGCUUAUAUAGUGUACGAUAAAUUAUUGUUUCCUAAUUUGCGUUACGUUCUCCUAGACUUACAGUUUAAGAAACUAGACCACUGCUUUAACGAAAAGAAAAGAAAAAAAUGAUCAGGUGGGACCCGAUUCUCUCUCUCUCUCUCGUUGGUAAUAACUGCUAAAAAUGUCUCUUGUUAUAAUUUAUUGCUGAUAACAACUUAAGGGAUAAUAUCAAACUCUGCUUUGGGUCAGUUCUAAAAAGUCUAGAGAAACUUUGUAGUAAUAAAAUUCAUAAAGUGCGAGUGUGCGUGGAAUUUAGUGCGAGUGGUGUAAUUCGUCGAACAAUAUUUUUAUGUCUCUUUGCAGAAACCAAGAACAUACAUAGUGUUGUGUUUGCAAAAUAAAGAAACAAGUUGAGAAGAGAUGUAAAAGUCAAUGCCUGUUGUAAAAGAGCGUGUCUGAGUAAAAAAGAACACGCUGCGAAAAUUACACAAAACUAAUUCCUCACAGGUAUGUAGUCCAAAAUGGACAAAAAUGCACUUACUUAGCUACAAUUACGGACAUUAAACUUAGCGCACAAUUGGCUUGAGCAAGAAACAACGGACAAAUGUAAUUGUAAUUCAAACUCACAAACAAACCAACCACUCUUUCACACAAUCAUGCAUUUAUUUUGAGGUGGCAUUUUAAUGUCCAAAAUCUGCAUUUACUCUCGGUAACUAAUAGCUUCGAUUUCGUACCUUCCAUCCAAUCACCAAGUCGACAAGAGGUUGGUGUUGUCAUUUUUGCAUAUAACACGAACAAAGAGUUGAUUUGUACACGUGAGAUAGUGGAUCAUUAACUGUACAUGAGUCACCGCGCCCGCCCUCGGGCCAUCCGACAUUGAUUAGAUCAAAAAAGAGAAAAGUCACUCAUCGCAAAUCGAAGAAAAGAGUUUCAAUAGCGAGUAGCCGAGUCACUGAUGCUUAAUUAUUACUCUGUAUGACUAUUAUUAUUACUGAUGUAGAUUAUUAUUGAAAGUGGGAAUAACUGAUUGAGUGGAUUCAGCGCAAGGAUCGCAACUUUAAUAUUGAUUGUCAUGGAUAUAAUUAUGAGAUAAUAUUAAAAAGAUGAUUACUACCGCAACAUGAAUGCCAUAUUGCUAAAAAGAAUAAUAACUGUGUCGUCUGUGUAUUGAAAAAGAGAACAAGAUGAAGAAUAACACGAUGAUUAAGAAAAAAAGCUAUUAUGUAUUUACGCAAGAAAAAGAAAAACCGUUAAAAGUACUACCAAGAAAUCGCCCUUUGGAAAAAUGCAAAUUCAAAUUUUCCUUAUAAUCCCACCUCUGUAAUUAUUAUUAUAUAAAUUAAAAUAAAAAGUCAUUUUGUGUCAUCUAGUAUAUAAUAUAAAAUAAAUGCAAGCCAUGUUCUAUGUAAAAAAUA